UUCACAUUUUCCCAUAGCACGCCAUUUUGUUUCUCAUUUUCACAUAUCGUAAAGAAGAAGAAAACGUGAUAAAUUACCACUGCAAAUAGAACAACUUUUGAUAUAAGUCGACUACAUACCGAAUAUUGACGAUCACACAGUCUAUAAUCACAGCUAUUAUUCUGAUAAGGCUGUUAAAUUAGGUAACCGCAAGACGGCAAAAUGUCUUUUACAAUGGCAUAUUUUGGUCUACUUCUUCUAAUUCUACAAAUCCAUGUCUCUAAAUGUAACGUUGAAACAAAUAUAACUGUAACAAACACAACUGAAUUUUUCCUACAAGAACUCGUACAAAAGUAUGGAGACCCAAAACGUGGUGUGAUUACAUUAGAAGGGUUCGAACAUCUAUUAGAGAGUCUUGGCCUGGGGAACAUUCAUAUGGAUGACCAUGAUAUUCACGAUCAUCAUACAAGCACUGGCUUCAAAGAGUUCCAUCUCUCUCAUGACCAUGAUAAUGUGGAAUUUGGGGAGCAUGAUGAUCAUGAUCAUGAACAUGAAAAAGCAUAUUCCAUGAAGACUUCACCUGAAGUGGAGGUUCACAAUGAGCAAUAUCAUAAUGGAUCCUUACAUAAAGAAGAUCAUGCUCAUGACACUCAACAUGAAACACACAAAGAUACUCAUCACCAUGAUGACACAUACGAUCAUGAUGACACACACAAUCAUGAUGACACCCAUAAUCAUGAUGAGCACGAUGACACCCAUAAUCAUGAUGAGACUCAUAAUCAUGAUGACACCCAUAAUCAUGAUGAGAAUGAUGACACCCACAAUCAUAAUGGGCAUGGUGCUACCCACAAUCAUGAUGAACAUGAUGACUCCCACAAUCAUGAUGUUACUGACCAUGGUAAAACUGAAGGUGACAACUCUAAACCAGGUGAAACCUCCUUAAAGGAAACCACAUCACCUAGUUCUGAUGUCGAUCAGUUCUUAAGUUCCCUUUCUCUUGUUCAAAAUCGUGAUGAUGAGUUUGAUGUUAAACCAAAGAGAAAAAAAGGAAAGGGAAGAAAAAAACAGCGUAAAAAUAGGCGCAAUAAAAUGGCUACAACAGUAUCACCAACAAGUAGCAUCCCAAUCAGGAAGAGAAGAGAAACUGCAGAACACAAUCAUGGGACUGAUGAGCACAGCCAUGGAGACGAUGAACACAACCAUGGGAAUGAGGGACAUAAACAUGAAGAACAUACACAUGGACUUGAAAGGACUGAUCCUAAGAAAUUAUUGAAAAAGUGUCUCACUGCUACAGAAAUGAUGGCAACCUUUAAUGUCCCAGCAGAAGGUAUUCAUGUAGUGGAAUUUCUCAGGCUCUCCCCAGCUAUCAUAUACCAACUAGAUAGCCAGAUUUGCAUACCCCAGUCACAUAGGAGGAUAGACCAUUUCCAUGACCAUGCACACCAUAACAGCAGUCAAAAGUCAUUUGAUUUAGGAAACAUUCCAGCAAAGGUGUGGGGUUUCUCCAGCUUGGCUGUGUUGAUCAUCAGUCUGGUUGGCCUUUUAGGAGUAGCAAUUGUACCCCUCAUGCAGAAGGUCUUUUAUAAUCACCUGCUUCAGUUCCUGGUUGCCUUGGCAGUGGGUUCUCUGACAGGCGAUGCUUUGUUGCAUCUUUUGCCUCAUGCAAUGAUGUCAUCAGAUGGCCACGAUCAUUCCGAUGGGGAAGGACAUGACAAAUCAAAUGCAUGGAAGGGCAUGAUGGCACUCGGUGGACUAUAUUUCUUCUUCCUAAUGGAACGUAUCAUGGCCAUAUGUACCGAUAUGAGGCGAAACAGGAAAAACAAGAAAACAAGAGUGAAGGAAGCUGACACAAGUAAAAGCUCAGGUACAGAGCUGCAAGCUAUAGGGGCUAAACUCUCUGAAUAUCAGGCACCAGCAAAGGAUUGUGAAGACUUCAUCAUGGUGGUACAUGGAAAUAAAGAUGAAGAGAAUAAUUAUAAAGAAAAACAUAGAUUACGCUAUAGUGGAAUAUUUGCUCAGCGAUUUGAGAUUGAACCAGCUGUGAGAGGCUAUGCAGAUGAAGUACAUAACGAUGAGUAUGGUGCAGAUUGUGAGAUAGAAGAAGUUGUAGGACAUAGUCAUCAGCAGUCCCAUGGACACGGACAUGGGCACAGUCAUGGUCCUAUUCCCACUACAGUCAGUGCAAUUGCCUGGAUGGUCAUCAUGGGAGAUGGCCUGCAUAACUUUUGUGAUGGUCUUGCCAUAGGUGCUGCGUUUGCCAAUAGUAUGAGUGGAGGUCUUAGCACUUCAGUUGCCGUAUUUUGCCAUGAAUUGCCACAUGAAUUAGGUGAUUUCGCCGUGCUCCUGAGAGCUGGUAUGUCUGUUAAGCAAGCUCUCACAUACAACAUUGUCUCAUCGGUGCUCUGUUUCGUGGGUAUGCUCAUAGGUGUCUCGAUUGGCAAUGUCGGGGAUGCCAGUCUUUACAUCUUUGCAAUGAUGGCUGGUGUGUUCAUAUAUAUAGCCUUAGUUGAUAUGCUUCCGGAGAUGAAUGCAGUAACACCAAAAGCUGGUGAAAAUCCAUUUUGUCAUUUGAUAUUCCAAAACUUUGGUUUACUUACUGGCAUCAGCAUCAUGGCUCUAAUAGCCAUGUUCGAGGACAAAAUCACAGUGAAUGUAGGAUCCUAGUACAGUAUUUCCUUCCAUCAGCUUGUAUAUACUUUUCCUUGGUAUUUAUUUGAAAUAUGAUCCAAGUAUUUAGAGUUGAAUGACUAGACUUGAUGUCCAAUAAACAUGAUGUGGAUUGAAGUUUCCAAUAGGACUAUUUUUGGGUUUUUGAGGUGGAUUCACAGUGGUUUCGGAUGUAUAAAAAUUAGGGGGUCCCCACAAUACAUUAUCUAAUUAUCAAUAUGUUUAUAAAAACAUGUAUUUAGGUAAGGAUUGGCAUGUAGAGAAACAAUAUGUUUUCAAUGAAAAAACCAUACUCAGAAUUUGAUGGACCGUGAUAUGGUCUUAAAUGAACAUCAAAUGAGCAAUUUUUUCAAUACAUGUACUAUGAUGUAUCUUGGGAUCCCCACUUCACAUGUAUUGCCUAUGUGCUUGGUUGUGGCUUGUGUACAGUUAUAACUGUUAUGAGUGAUGUGCAGUUAUGCGUGUAUGUUUCAUUCUCAUUACAUGUACAAGUACCUCUGUAUUUAGAUAGAGAGGACUUUGAUACGCACCAGGCCGUUCCAUGUUUCUGAUUAAUCAGUGUCUGAGUCGAGUCAAUGUAUAGAUUGGAUGUCUCAAAAUAGAAAAGAACGUUCACUUGGUGUUGAAAGAGCUUUAAAUAUCCCAUGCUUGCUCAACAGUUCCAUCUGCCUCAUUUGAAAAGAAAUUAUUUGCUCAUAUGGGAUUUUUCAGUUUCGGCCAACAGCUUGUAAGGGAUUCAAAUAGUCCAGGAAUGAAUCAUACAGAAUAUUCCACACUACUAUACCUUGCAUUUGGUGUUCAUAAGCAACCCAUUUGGCUUAUUAGUAUUGA